GGCCGGCAAACACAACUCAUCUGUUCCCAUGUACGUGGGGUUGGGGGGGUGUUGGAAUUACUUUAUAAACAGCUUACUACAGUAUUAGUGUCAUGAAGAGAAACGGGCACACCGUAAUGGUGAGAAACUACACCCACAUUGAGGCGACUUAUAUUUAUCAUCAUCAUCCAUAACACAAAUUAUGAUGCGAGUGGGUUGGUACUGGUGGUGGGUGGGGAGCACACGACUCUGGUAAGGAAUUACACUCUCCCUUACCCACAAACAUCGCCACAUAUUCCCACAUUCCCACACACAUCGCGCGUGAGGCUUUGUCGAGCGGCACGAGGUUUAGUUCCCCCUGGCGCCGCUGCGUUGACGACGACGACGACACGGCGCCCAUUCGCGUCGUCAACAACCGAAGGCGACAGCGGCGGCGGCGGCUCCUCCCCGCGCUCUCUCGGCCGCCCGACGCUAAGCGAACGGUCGCAGCAGCCAUCGCCACGAGAAGCGGAGGAGAUUAAUCGCGUGCGGGAGGAAGAGGAGAAGACUGAGGAAGUGGUGGUGGUGGUUGGGGGAGGCGUUGUGAGGAGGAGGAGGGAGGCGGCCAUGACGCAGACGCGGCCGCGCCGAGGAGGAGGGCCAGCCGGGGGCCACUGGACAAAGUCGUCCGCCGCCCUUUGAACGCUGCCGCAGGCCCGGCCUCUCUGGACAUGUCCAUCUGCGACGUUCAAGGCGCCUUCAGCGGCAGAAACCCGUCCUCGGGGAGAUGGCGCGAAGCCGAAAGGUCGCCCGACCUCGCCGUGCCACCAUACGACCUCUCACCGAGCCCCCUGUCGCCGGUCGUCAAGCUCGAGUUCGUGCCGGAGCCUGCCGACGUCAAGCUCGAACUCGUGCCGGAUAGCGACGGCGGGGGUGGCGGCAUCGGCGUCGGCGGCGCGGAGCUGAUGGCGAACGAAGGCACCCAGAGUUCGGGAUCGGCGUCUGAUGUCAAACCGGGAGCGGUCGGCCGUGAGCCCAUGCGGAGGAGCAGCAGGACGGCCACGGCAACAGCAGUGGCAAAAGCGGCGUCGUUAUCGCAACAGCGGCGGCAACAGCAGCACCAGCAACAACACUACCAGCAGCAGAAACACCAGCAGCCGCAGCAGCAGCAGCAGGCUGGCGCAACAGUGAAACGGUGCUUCCCGUGGUCGGACGACGAGUUCCGCGCGUGGCAGGGCCGCGCCAAGUGGCUGUUCCGCAGCCAGGAGGGCAUCGGCUGCGCCAUCUGCAGGGAGGCGAGCGUGGUGGUCUACAAGCGGCAGGGGGUCUUCCUCGCCAAGGAGUGGCGCGCCGGCAUGGUGUGGGCCAAGGACAAGAAGAAGCUGCGCAAGAAAGUGUACGAGCACCGCGACACCAAGGCGCACCGCCAGGCGAGCUAUGUUAGCGCCGUCCACGAGACGACGCGACCGGCCCCUCGCGCACCGGCACCGCCACCGCCUAGGCACGUGGUGGACUCCAAAAGCAGGCUGUUCUCGGAGACGGAGCGCGCCUUCCGCACGGCGUACCUUGUGGCCAAGGAGGACCUGCGCGCCUGCCGGCACGAUUCCCUCUGCGCGCUGCAGGAGCUCGACGGCGCACGGCUCGGGCGGGCGGGCGGCACGCACGGCUGCCUGCGCAUCAUCGCGCACGUCCGCGCGGAGAUGGAGGCCAAGCUGACAGCGCACCUGGUGGGCGGCGCCGACUGCUUCUCGGUGCUCGUCGACGGCUGCUCGUUCGCGCGCCGCCGCUUCGCCGCCGUGCUGGUGCGGGCGCGCGUCGGCGCCGCGGCGUCCGUGGACAACGCGCUGCUCGACCUCGUGCGCCUCCCCGACGGCGCGAGCGCCGAGGAGGCGGCGCGCGCCGUGGUGCGCCGCCUCGAGGACAAGCUGGGCCGCGCCGCGCUCGACGACAGGCUGCUGGCCGGCGCCAGCGAGGGCCCGUCGGCCGACAUCCCCGCCCUGCGCGGCAUCGGCGCGCACUUCCAGAAGGCGUUCCCGCGCCUCCUGCUGUGGCUGGGCUGCGUGGCGCACAGGCUGGAGCGGGACGCGUCGCGCUGCCUGCUGGCGAGCGGCGCCGCCGACCGGCUCGGCUCGCUGGUGACGGCGUCCGCCGAGCUGUGCGCGCGCUCGCCGAGGAAUGCCGGCGAGCUGGCGGCGGCGGCGCCGGACUUCGGCGCGGAAGUGGCGCGCGUCGCCGCCGUGACGCCGGCCGACGGGCGCCACGCGGCGUCGACGUUCGCGUGCGCCCGCGCCGCGUGGCGCGGCUACACGGCGCUGCACACGCACUUCGCCCGCGCCUCCGCCGACCCGUCGCGCGCGCCCGACGAGCGGGAGGCGUACCAGCGUCUGCGCGCCCGUCUCGAGAGCGCCGCGUUCGUGCGGCACCUGGCGGCCGCGAAGGACGCGCUGCGCGAGCUGCGUGCGCUGGCCGGCACACUGCAGGACGCGCGCGCCACCGCGUGCGACGCGCUCUGGGCCGUGCGUCGCGCCAUCGCCGCCGUCGCGUCCCUGCGGGAUGGUGGCGGCAAGUCUUUGAACAGGGCCGAGCAGCGGCUGGCCGACGGCCUCUUCAAGGGUGUGGUGGUGGACGAGGACGACGACGACGGCGGCGGCGGCGGGCUGGACACGGCGCGGUUCUACCAAAUGCUCGCCAACGUCCUCAUGGCGCGCUUCCCGGUCGACGCGUUCGAGCUCGUCUCCGUGCUCGACCCCAAGCUGUGGAAGCGGCGGCAGGGGGAGGACAACGCGGGGGAUGGGAAGCGGCCGCCCUCCUUCGAGGAGGACGAGGUGGCGCGCCUCGCCCGGCGGCUGCGCCUGCCGCCGCUCGACUGCGCCUCGCAGUUCCGGAGCCGGCGGUGCGGCGCGGCCGUGCCGGAGGGCGGCGCGCUGAGCAAGCUGGAGGUGGCGAUCGCCACCCUGCCCACGUGCAGUGCCGAGUGCGCGCGCGUCACCGCCGCGCUCGCCGACGUGGCCGCGUCGCGCCAGCGCGCGGACUCUCUCCUCGACCGUCACCAGCAGCAGCAGCGCCGCUGGAACCGCAAGCAGAACCACCGGAUUUAUGGCAUCGUCAAAGAAGAAAAGGUCGACGACGACGAUGACGUCGACGACGACGAGUACGAGGAUGACCUGGAUGAGGACGGCGAUGAGCACCUGGCCAACCUGCUCUGGAUCAAGUGCAAUGGCCCCCCGCUGGAGUGGUUCGACGCCAGGCCGCUGGUGCGCUCGUGGCUGCUGAAGCAGCAGAACGCGGAAGCGCGCAGGGACCGGCCGGUGGAGAGCGGCGGGCCCUGGCUGGAGCCGCGCGAGCUCUGGACGCUGCUGUCCUAGCGGGAGGAAGCGGGCGGGCGACAGCGAGAGAGACAGAGAGAGAGAGACAGAGAGAGAGACAGAGAGAGAGACAGAGAGAGAGAGACAGAGAGCGAGACAGCGAGAGAGAGACAGAGAGAGAGAGACAGCAAGACAGAGAGAGAGAGACAGAGACAGAGAGAGAGAGACACGUGCCCCGGGAAGCGGACGGCUCUCGUCUUGUAGGGCGUCACAGUGGCGAGAUGUUAACUACCUCACCUGGUACACAGGAGGUCCAUCGUAAAGGGUUUUUUUGGUUUUAUGACGCAAAUAUAAAUGCGUCGUUAACCCCACCACCACUCGACAUCACCUUACUCUGGAAAAUCACCUGGUGUAAUCACCAGCGAUACGUAGUACUCAAAUUGUAAAUGUUGUGGGUUUACUCUCCUACACACCGGUGUGCUGAACUGAUAAUUAUAAUUGGCAUGUUUUGUUUGCGUGAAAAACCUUGCUAAUUGACUGUAUCGGAUGGUGGUGGGUUCACGACACAUUACACCAUCUAACCCAAGAAACCGUAUGAAUAUUAUCGGUCACGAAAGCCUACGUGUUAAACGUGCAGGAGGUCGUGGGUUCAAUCCCGACCCCGACGAUGCCUGCUCUUUAUUUGGAGUUUGCACGUUCUCCCCGUGGCCGUGUGGAUUUUUCUCCAGGUCCUCCGGUUUUUCCCUCCACAUUUAGAAUCAAACGUCACGCGUUUAUCAGAGUAGGCCACUUCGUUGACAUAUUAUUUGUGAUAGCCAGGUCGCUUCCAAAAAAGAGCUGUAUAGCUCAGUGGGCCUUACCUGAUAAAAUAAAAAAUAGUUUAUGGUUUACACGCGCUGCCUGUGAUGUCCCAGCCUGCCUAGCGCAGGCGCACAGCUCCACGAAAGAAAAACGAAAUUCAAAAUCACCCAAGGGCCCUUUUUGUUUUUUGGUACAGUCCAAAAAAAUAAAAACGUCGACGAUUCCUGCUCCGAACGAGCGAUGGAAAUGGUGCUAAUCUCCCAUUUACAGCGCCGAGACGGCGGUGGUGGAAAUGCGUACACACAUUUCUACGGCGAAGGCAAGUCCAUAUCCGCCGUUGCCCUGUGAAUAGACACGGCUUUAUCGAUCCUCCCGGGUGGGGGGGGAGGAUGGGCCGGGUCAACCCUGCCCAGCCAGCAUUUGAACCCUCGACCUUACGGUUGCGAGCCGCCUCCCUCUGCCGCCAACCCAGCCCCGUCGACGUCCUUUCCAGCUGGCACGUCGGCGACAGUUUGUGCAGAUGAUGUCAUCGUUGAACGUUGAGGUCCCUCAAGCGAUCCGAGGCGGCAGUAGACGCUGUGUGGAUUGCUGCGAUGACGGGUUGGUGCACUCGUCGGCGAUGAGUUUGAUGGCUUGGGCUCUGCCGCAGACGAGACUGCCCGACCUUGAUUCGCUCGUUCUUUUACGGUAGAAUAAUACCGCCGACGUCACUAAACCCGUGCGUGUAAAUUCUAUUUAUUCCAGUCUUGCGCAUUGCGAUGGCAGCGGCGAUGCGUUUCAGGAGCUCCAUGCCAUUGUCGUGCUGGGCACGGCGAGAGGGCUUCACGAGUUAAGAGUUUGUGUAGUUUCGCUGUUCCUCCUCCGUUGAAGGAACGCAAACUCCAGUGGUUUACUAUGUGAUCCAUCUAACGCCAAGUUAAAAUAUAUCUUUAUACAAAAAAAAACCCCAUAACCCCUCUCAUACGUCUUUAUGUAGUUUUGAAACAACAUGAAUGCUGUUCAACUGAUAUAUUUCAUGUCAGACUGGUCGGAUCCUCUCGUCAUGCUCUGUCUAUGUAUGUUGAACUUCUUUCGCACCGUACGUAGCCAAUCGUGCUAAUCGGAGGUGCAGGUUCACGCUCAUGGCAAGACUCGGCCCGGCAAUUUCAAAGGGGCCGUCGAUUCGUGGCAGUUUUACAUGCAAUUAAGUAAAUAGGCGAGGAGGAAAAAUCACGCGUGCACGGAUUCCGUAAUCUUUUCCAGCACGCUUUUUCUCAUGGGAAGUUUCAUAACUGGCGAUUACAAGCUCACCACGUUACAUUCGAAACGCCGUUUUUUUUCCUUGCCAAGAUUUUGGCCAACCCUUUGGACUUGACCAGUUUCCUACAGGGUAAAAGUCCCUAAUAGCAACGCACUUAUAGACUUAAAGGUUUCGUUCGUGUUAGAUUAUCUUAAGCGUGGAUCUGCUGUUUGGCAUCCACGCGCCACUGCGGAUCGCGAGGAUGCCGGCAACUUGUAAGCGCUCGUAGACGUAUUGACAAUUUGCAGUGCGUCCAACUUGCUUACACUGCUCUUGACUCAAAUCGUCUGCAUGUGCCUUGUACGGCAGCGUACGAGGAUUGAUGAAGAAGUACCAAGACUACUUUUGUUCAGACAAAAUUAAAGGACGACAUACCGAAUCAAAUUAAUCUCCUUCAAAUCAGUCUCCUCCUGAUCGAGCACGGUGAUUCCAGCGGUCCUGCUAUGUGUCGAUGCAUCCCUGGUACAGGCGGUGGCUUUCAGUUCCCCAGUUACAUUUUGGAUGACUGGUUGGGAACGUCUUGAAAUGCGCUUUCCGUUAGGGUGUGCGUUUCAAUCUAGGGAACGGGGGAAAAAAAAUAAUUUGGUGCCAAAUCUGGUGAAUACAGUGGGAUGAGGAACCAGGCGAUGAGGCUUGGGUUCAUGGCUUCUAUCCCGAAACGGUCAUCUCGGUGGAGGACGCCGUCGUCAUCUCGACCAAAGAAAGUAGGACAGCGCAUGGGUGAGUGAGUGGGUGAGCAAAUGGGUGAGUGAGCGAGUGGGUGAGCGAGUGAGCGAGUGAGUAAGUGGGUGAGCGAGUGAGUGAGUGGAUAAGCGAGUGGGUGAGUGAGUAUGUGGGUGAACGAGUGGGUGAGCGAGUGAGUGAGUGGGUAAGCGAGUGGGUGAGUGAGUGAGCAAGUGGGUGAGCGAGUGAGUGAAUGGGUGAGGUGAUGAGACUUAGGUUCAUGGCUUCUAUCCUGAGACGGAGCGUCGUGUCAUCUCCAUGGAUGACGACGUCACCUCGAUCAAAGAAAGCAGGACAGCGAGUGGUUGAGUGGGUGAGCGAGUGACUUGAGUGAGUGGUUGAAUGAGCAAGUGGGUGAGCAAGUGAGUGAGUGAGUGGGCAAGCGAGUGAGUGUGUGAGCGGGUGACUGGGUGAACGAGUGACUGAAUGAGCAAGUGACUGGGUGAGCGAGCGAGUGAGUGAGUGGGUGAGCGAGUGGUGAGCAAGUACAUGGGUGAGUGGUUGAGUGAGCGAGUGGGUGAGCGAGGGAGUGAGCGAGUGAGUAGGUGAGUGGGUGGGCAAGUGAGUGAGUGAGUGAUCGAGCGAGUGACUGAGUGGGUGAGCGAGUGACCGAGUAGGUGAGUGAGUAGGCGAGGUGAUGAGGUUUUGGUUAAUUUCUAUGAUCCCAAGACGAGGCAGACCGUGGGGUCAUCUCGGCAGAGGAUCCUGCCGUCACCUCGACGAUAGAAAGCCAAGACAGGCGAGCUCGAAUGUCAAGACGAUGUCGACUGCCUUCUCUGACAGUCAAGGUGUUGCACCGUGAGUUGGCCAUUCCACGGGGGUCAAGGCAGCGAAUCGGGUUGUUUUAUUUGGCCGUUCCGAAUGCGCCGAAGGGACGCAGUUCGACGAAAACGGCCUGAACAAUGGGAGUCGGGCACGUGGAUGUUUUGCAUCGGGACAUCGUGCCGUCGCAUCGAGCGCCGUCCAUGCAGAAAUCUCUGGCCGAGCACAGCGUUCGUCCUUUAGUUUUGUCUCAAACCGAAAGUAGUCCCAGAACUAGUUUUGGACCGACCGUCGUGUGUCGCCGUGCAGACACGGCGCUGGGGGAUGACGAUGUGCAUUCUGGCGAUUGCGAGCGGGCUCGCAAUAAAAAAAGGUUACGAGUUCAAAUCCUGCUUGGGGGUUGCCACAGCCCAUCGUACCUCCGGGGAUCGAUAACAUUUGGGCAACUUUGUUGGGAAGUCAACAGCGGCCCUGCAGGACUGUGAACAGGAGCUGCGGGCACCAACGCCUCGAUGCUCAUUCGAGCGGGAAGGUCACCCUUUGACGCGACCUGACCCCGACGAUGUCACUAGAGGGCAGAAUGGCAACCCACCGGUGAGCCUUUUCACGCUGAUUUCUCAUUCGCGACGGGAGACGUAGCCUGGAGCUGCAUCUUCAAACACAAAACCGUUCGCUGUUUUCAGGGGGCUGGGUCUUCCUUCUCACGAGCGUCUGAUGGAAACUCAGGUGCUGACACACACGUACGUACGUACAUAUGUUGAACUAUUUUCACGCCCUACGUAGCCAACCACGCUAAACACGGAGGCGACGGGUUUACAGCGUCGCCUCACUGCCUUUCGCUCCGAUACACGUGGACGGUCACUUCAGAAUCAGAAUCUUUGUUUAUCCUGGAUAAAUCUGAUGAGCUAUGAAGCUCUUUUUCCACAGGUGUCCAGUCGGGGUAUAGGGUCAGACAUUUCCGAGGAACAAUGUGCAGCCUUGUACAAUGAGUAACAACCGAUCGACUAUCAACGAUCUAAACAUUAUAUUCAACGCAUCGUUUCUGAUGUUGCAGCACAAAUGAAAACUCGGACACAUUCGUCAACAACACUGUGGCCCUGAAUAGAUGAACCUAUUUCCAAUUGAUCAUUUUACAUUCUUCACUUGUCACUCGCUAUCUACGAAUGGGCAACCGAUCGUGUGCCAAUUUGAGAUUGCUCAUACUUGAAACAUUCUUAAAAAUGUGAUUUCUUGGCAGGGUCCCGUGUCUUCAGUUCACAUUCGCUCGGUCUCUCUGGCUUGUUUGUGUGCUAUGGAUAAGGUCCAUUGCCCAAAACGUUGCCCAUUAUAUAUAGUUUUUCUUUUCGGGUCACAUUGUUAUAAACGGAUGCGUUUGAGUCUUUUGUCAAAUCUUCGAUUUGGUUUGGUGCUGUCAGCAAUGGACGCGUGGACCACGGCUUAAAGGUCCAGUUGCCGUGCACGGCUAAAGCUACACGUACGAUGGGUCUGUGUGUGGUAAUCCUAUGGAUGUCUUUGUGAGUCGAUGUAUGUUGAACUUCUUUCACACCGUACGUAGCCAACCGUGCUAAUCGGAGGUGCAGGAGAAGGACAACAAUGAAACAGAAAAAAGCAGCUCUAAAGAAAUGAGUUUUCAAUCUAGACGGCUUAAAAGCACACAGCUUUUAAAUCAUCUACAUUGAAAUGGAGGUCGGUGUAAGGUGGCGCAGGGCGCGACUUCACCAACGGCGACGCUCCGCCACGUGGCCUGCUGGAGGUGGCGCUGUGGGGCAGUGGUUCUCAUGGUUUCUGUGCCCCAGAGGUCGCAAACGGGUUUUGAUUCCUUACCCGUACCCGGCCGCACCAGGGUCGCAAACGGCUACCCGUACCCGGCCGGGUACGGGUAGCCGGGUAUCGGGUAGGGUACGGGUAUCGGGUACCCGAUUGCGACCUCUGCUGUGCCCCCACCGCCCACCUCCUAGCCCAAAAACCACGACUCACGCUACGAAGGCCACGAUCGAUGGAGGUCAAAUGUCUAUGCCUCCAGUCAACGCGGCGUUCGCUAGCAAGGCAUCUCCCCCCCCCCCCCCCAGCCUUGCGUAUCGGUGCUAGUCUCGUGUUAGUAAGGCAUGUGUUUUGACAUUUGCUGUAUUCGUGUUCAUUUGUGUUCGACGCGUGGUUCUCGCUGUGUCUCUCCGUGCGUUUCGUCACCGCAAAAAGAAAGUGGCACCGGUGUGGCGAGGGGGGAGGGGGACAACAUUCGAACAAGUUUCUCCUGCACGGUGUCCACGCCGUGUCCGUGCCGCAGCCUGCAAGGGGAUAAGAAGCGCUGCUGCUGCUGGAGUUCGAGGCUGCCGUGUUGAGUGCUGGAGCUGUCGAGGGAGUCCCCGUGGUGGUGGUGGGAGAUAAGGCCGUGCCAGCGCGAGCCGUCCGCCCUGCUUAAAACAACCCUUGAGACGAUCCGUUAUGUAAACAACAACAACAACCACAACCAUUGAUUCUCAGAGCUCAAACAAUUUCCUCCACCUGCGCAACAAGCGCGUUUUCGUUCGGAUACCAGACCGUCAGUCUUGUUUCUCCUACUUCUUCAUUGAAACACCCAGGAAUUGGUCAAGCACGACUAUUUGUUUUUGCGAUUUAAUUACCAUUUCCCUUUUUGUGCCAUUCCGCGGUGACGGUGAGAUGUGUCCACCGCCCAAGUGGGAAUCUCUUCUCUGAACCGUGCGUGAAACGUACCUGGUGGGACCCCCCCCCCCCCCCCUGUUACUUCCCCCCUCAUCUUAC